AUGAAGGACUCCAAGAAGGGGGGGGCUGCGUCCGCCGCGGAGAAGCGGGGGGGGACGGAGCCGAGCAGAGCGAGCGAGAAGGAGACGCCUGAGAGCGCGGCGCCGAAGCGCGAGGGGAAGAAGGGGAAAUACAGGAAAGAAAAGCCAUGGGACACAGAUGACAUCGAUCACUGGAAGAUUGAAGAGUUCAAGCCGGAGCACAACCCUGGAGGCAUGCUCGAGGAAAGCAGCUUCGCCUGCCUGUUUCCGCAGUACCGCGAGAAGUACUUGAAGGAAGUCUGGCCUGAGGUGAAGCGCGCACUCGGUCAGCACUUCAUCAAGGCGGAGCUCGACCUCGUGGAGGGCUCCAUGACCGUGCGGACUACGAAGAGGACAUACGACCCCUACAUUAUCAUCAAGGCCCGAGACAUGAUCAAGCUCCUGGCGCGCAGCGUUCCCAUUGCGCAGGCGCGGAAAAUCCUUGACGACGGCAUGUUCUGCGACAUCAUCAAGAUUGGAGGCAUAGUUCGGAACAAGGAGAAGUUCGUGAAGAGGAGGCAGCGGCUUGUGGGUCCGAACGGAUCGACUCUCAAGGCGAUUGAGCUGCUCACCAAGUGCUACGUCCUUGUCCAGGGACAGACUGUCUCCGUCAUGGGCUCGCCAAAGGGCAUCAAAGUGUGCCAGCGCUUGGUGGAGGACUGCAUGAAGAACAUCCACCCGGUGUACCACAUCAAGGAGUUGAUGAUCAAGCGCGAGCUGGAGAAAGAUCCCGCGCUGGCGACGGAGAACUGGGAGAGGUUCCUUCCGCAGUUCAAAAAACGCAAUGUGCAGAGGAAGGCGAAGAAGGCCGCGAUCAAGAAGAAGAGCAAGAGCCUCUUCCCGCCUGAGCAGACGCCUAGAAAGGAGGAUCUGCUCAUGGAGUCUGGAGAGUACUUCGUCACGGAGGAGCAGAAACAGAUGAAGAAGGCGAAAGAGACGCUCGAGAAGCGCGAAGUGCGGGCGGCUGAGAGAAAACGCGAGAGGCAAAAGGCCUUCGAGCCGACUGAGGAAAAUUCCAUCAAAGUGAGACACACGAAGUGCAGCGGGGGGUUGUGUUCGUAUUUUCUCUCCCGGCGCCCACUCGCUCGAGGCAGUACAGAGUUGCGCCUACACCGUACUUAA